GAGCGAGGCUCAGUCUCUCAGGGAGCAUCGACGCUGCAACAUCUCCUCAUGCGGCCGCUCUGUGCUUUCUCCGUCCCCCUCCUUCUCCUCCUGAUGGCGGGGGUGCCUGCCUCGGCGGAGACGGCGGCGCAGCUGAGCCCCUACUUCGGCACCAAGUCCCGCUACGAGGAGCUGAACCGCUACCUCCUGGAGGACCCUUACUCCCCGGGCCCCUCGCUGACGGGCUUCCCGCUGCCGGCCUCCUCCUGCGUCCCGCUGCAGCUGACGGCCGUCCUCCGCCACGGCACCCGCUUCCCCACCCGGAAGCAGGUGGAGAAGCUGGCCCGCCUCCACGGCCGCGUGGUCCAGAGGAGCAAGGCCCGCCCGCCCUGCCCCGACGCCCAGCGCCUGGCCCGAUGGCCCCUCUGGCCCCGGCCCGAAGUCGACGGCAAGCUGGCGGCCCGAGGGCGCCGGGACAUGGAGGCCCUGGCCCGCCGCCUGGCCUCGCGCCUCCCCAGCCUCCUGGGCCCCUCGCGCCGCUUCGCCUUCCUCAGCAGCUCCAAGCCCCGCUGCCUCGACAGCGCCGCCGCCUUCCGGGAGGGGCUCCGCGUGGCGCUCUUCGGCUCCGCAGACAAGGACG